AUGUGGGUACUGGCUCUAGGUGGGCUUUCCCUGGCAGUUGCCCAGGCCUGUAUUUUUUGUCGCCUUCCAGCCCAUGACUUGCCUGGUCGCCUAGCUCGACUUAGCAGCCAGAUGGAGGCCCAGUGGAAGGAAUGGACUUCCCCAGAUUUCUCAGCAUUUGCCUUAGAUGAGGUGACCAUGAACAAAGUAACAGAGAAGACUCACAGAGUCCUAAGGGUCAUGGAAAUCAAAGGGUCUUUCUCCUCACUCCUUCUGUUUUGGCAAUGGCUCCAGAAGACCAAGAUCCCCCAGUACACCAGGGAAGCUCUUUGUGCUCCAGCCUGCCGGGGCAGCACCAUCCUGUACAACUGCUCCACUUGUCUGGGCACUGAGAUGUCCUGUUGGCCCAGAAAGCGUUGCCUCCCAGGAAGUCACGACCUGUGGGAAACUAGGAUUCUGCUCUUAUCCAUCUUUGGAGCUGUCCUGCUUCUGGGUGUUCUGAGCCUACAGGUGGAAUCUCGCCACCUCCAAGCAAAAGGAGGAAGGAUCGGCCAGGAACCCUCACCUGGGCCACGGGAAGUUGGGGGCGCGGCCCUUAUUUGGCCCGGGCCAGCUGCCAGGACCCGCCCUCGGCGGCCAGGGUCCCGCCCUUCUCGGGAUUUAGUGCUGGCAGCCUGGGCUGCACCGCAGCGCCGCUUCCGCUUCGCCAGGUGA